AUGGUCAUGGGCAAUGCCACAGCAGUGCUUGAGUUUUUCCUUAUUGGCAUCUCCAACUAUCCUGAGUUGAGAGGUACAUUUUUCACAUUGGUUCUGAUAACUUACCUCAGCACAUUGUUGGGAAAUGGACUGAUCAUCUUUCUGAUACACUUUGACCACCACCUCCACACGCCAAUGUACUUCUUCCUCAGUCACCUGUCUUUCUUAGACCUUUGCUAUGGAACAGCUUCCAUGCCCCAGGCCUUGGUGCAUUGUUUUUCCACCCAUCCCUACCUAUCUUAUUCACAAUGUUUGACCCAAAUGAGUGUCUCCCUGGCUUUGGCUACAGCAGAGUGUUUCUUGCUGGCCAUCAUGGCCUAUGAUCGUGUGGUUGCUAUCAGCAAUCCUCUGCGCUAUACUGUAGUCAUGAAUGGACCAAUGUGUGUCUGGUUGGCGGCUGCAUCAUGGGGGGCAGCACUUGUGCUCACUGCCAUGCUUGUUUUAUCUCUAAGGCUUCAUUUCUGUGGAGCUAAUGUCAUCAACCAUUUUGUCUGUGAAAUUCUCUCCCUCAUUAAGCUGGCCUGUUCUGACACCCGCCUCAAUGAACUCAUGAUCUUCACCACUGGCAUCUUCACCCUGCUCCUACCCUUUGGGUUUGUUCUCCUCUCCUAUAUCCAGAUUGCUGCUGCUGUCCUUAGGAUUCACUCAGCCCAGGGUAGGUUCAAGGCCUUUUCCACUUGUGGUUCUCAUCUGAUGGUGGUGACAAUCUUUUAUGGAGCAGCCAUAUCCAUGUACAUGAAACCUCAGUCCAAGUCCUCCCCUGACCAGGACAAGUUUGUCUCAGUGUUUUAUGGAGCCUUGACACCCAUGCUGAACCCCCUGAUAUAUAGCCUAAGAAACAAAGAUGUUAAAGGGGCAAUGAGGAAAGUUAUGGCUAAAAGGGCAUAAGCCUCCUUUGUUUCUAAAUUUGUAAAACAACACUCAGCUAGCUGCAUAUUUAAUUCCGAUGAAAAUUGUUUAAAGAUUCUGGCUUUAACCUUGGAAGAGCAGGUGACUGAUUUAUAAGAAGCUUCCCAUCCAAAAAUAUUAUCAUUU